AUGAUUCAAUUACUCACCUUUGAACCACCCAUCUAUCUAUCUAUCUAUCUAUCUAUCUAUCUAUCUAUCUAUGCUAUGCUUUUUGGGUCACUUUCUUUCUUUUUUUUUUCUAUCUAUCUAUCUAUCUAUCUAUCUAUCUAUCUAUGCUAUGCUAUGCUAUGCUUUUUUUUGGGUCACUUUCUUUUUUUUUCUAUCUAUCUAUCUAUCUAUCUAUCUAUCUAUCUAUCUAUCUAUCUAUCUAUCUCUUACAGUUGGUUCCUAUCUAUCUAUCUAUCUAUCUAUGCUAUGCUUUUUGGGUCAAUUUCUUUUUUUUCUAUCUAUCUAUCUAUCUAUCUAUCUAUCUCUUACAGUUGGUUCCUAUCUAUCUAUCUAUCUAUCUAUCUAUCUAUCUAUCUAUCUAUCUAUCUAUCUAUCUAUCUACCUUAUUUGGGUCAGUUUCUAUCUAUCUAUCUAUCUAUCUAUCUAUCUAUCUAUCUAUCUAUCUAUCUAUCUAUCUCAAAUAAGUUUAUAUAUGUCUAUCUCAUAAUUUUCUUUCUUUUUCUCUUUUAUUUACUCUUUCUUUUUUUUCUAUCUUUCUUACUUUCUUUCAUUUUCUUUUUCUUCCUUUCGUUCUUUUUUCUUUUCUUUUCUCAUUCAUUCAUUUUCUCUUUGUUUCUUUCUUUAUCUCUUUCUUGCUUUUUCGCAUUCCAUUUGUCUUAUUCUCUUUUCCCUUUCAUUCUUUCUUUUUCUCUUCCUUUUUUCUCUUUCUUUCUUUUUUUCUCUCUUUCUUUUUCUAGUUCUUUCUGUUUCUCUUUUUCUUUCUUUCUUUUUUAUUUUUUCGUUCUUUUUCUCUUUUCCUCAUUUUCUUUCUCUUUUUUCUUUUUCUCUUUCUAUUUUUCUUUCUUUCUUUUUCGCUUUAUUUUUCUAGUUUUUUUUAUCUGUUUCUUUCUUUCUUUUACUCUUUCCUUUUUAUUCUCUUUCUUUUUAUUCUUUCAUUCUUUCUUUCUUUUCUUCCUCUCUUUUUCUUUCUUUCUUUUUUCUUUCUCGCGGAGAAUACAUCCAUUUUUGAUGAUAAAAGAACCCGUUUGUCAGAGUCGUAAAUAUCGCACGCUUCGACAACGCCUGAGACGUGGAGUGCCUGUCAAACUAUUUAGUCUCUUCUUUCUUCGCGUUAGAAUUAGCAAAGAAGAUUAA